GAUUGGGGCCAAAUGACCUGCAAGGUUAAAUUGGGAGGACUAGCCAAGUCCAGUGUUGCCACUGCACUCUCCCUGUGCACACGCACAGACGUGACUCCCGGGGGGGGGGGGGCAUCACGACCCGCAUUCCUCGAGUGGCAUUUACCGAGAACUGACUUAGUUUCAGGUUGGUUCAGUCUUAGGGCUCUGAGAAAUCUCCACCUCUGUCGUCUUGUCAUCUAAAACACUGGUCAACUUUCGGCUUUCCCCCUAGAGACCUUCCUUGCAGCCACAGCUGGGAUGGUAGAAGUUUCCCCAAAUUGCUCCCCCCACCUCCUCCCGGUUGGCCUCGCGACUUCCAGUUGGUAAUGGAGCCCCUGUGUGCUGUCGAUUGCGCUCGCACGGUGCUAUACAUCAACCUAUUCCCUCCUGUGCAGUGCUCGGAUCUCCCUCAUUAGGCCUAAAUUUACCUCCGUCCUACACAAACAUGGCCUUAGCUCAUUUUUAUUGUUGUAAAUUAUUUAUGAGGGAAAUGUUGAAUCUUGAAACUGAGGUGUGAGGAAAAUUAAUCCCAUGUUACUUUUAUCUUUCUGUACUUUUCUCCCCCUUGCUUCACUUAUUGGGCUAUGGCUGAAGAAAGAAGAGCUUUGGCAUUUUUAAAGAUAAUUAGUGUUGAAACUGCCUUCUCGAUCUCUCGGACGGGAUGUUGGUCUCCCUCGGCACAGUGUCACGGAAAGCAGACCAGACCUGGGAAGGAGGACUAAGGGUCCUGUUUAGGUCUGCCAGCUGCCAGGUGCAUGGCUUCCGACAGCCGUGGGCCUCAGUUUUGUCUUCUCUAAAAUAGGGGCGAUAAGACCCAGCCGCCUCCCAGGUUUGGUGUGAUCAUCAGUGGAGCCUGAGAAAGCUUUUUGAGAAAUGCAAAGCACCAUACGUAUGCAGUAGAGGGGUGUCAGUGUGUUUUGUGUGCAGUUAGGGUUUUGAGACAGGGGUGGGUCUCUCUCUGCUGCGUAGCUGCUGAGGACGAAACCAGGGGGUUGUUGCAAGUAGGCCUUGGUAUUUUACGUUUCAGACCCGCAUUGCCUCUUGCCAGACAGGUUAAUGUUGGUCUUAAACAGCCCGCUCCCCCCUCUCGGGCAGAUCUGCUCCGCAGGCUUGCAUUAAUGGCCUCUUCUCCCCUCUCAGAGGCCUGGCCUGUGACCCUGGGCGGCCGAGUACUCGGCGGUGCCAUCCCUUCUGGCUCGAGGCUCCGCACAGCCCGGGAAACGUGGAGUGCCAGUUAAUAAAUGGCCUUUUGUUAGGAAGGUCAAUUGAAGUGACGGUAGAGACGCUGUUAAAAGUAAUUUGCAGUCAGAAAAUAUGUAAUUCAGGGCAAGCUGCUUUGAGUGAUUGCCUCUGCCAUGGAUAUCUUGGGCGUUUCUCAUUAAAAGCUUCCUUUGCCGGUGGUGGGGCUUCCUCCACCGCCGAGCCGGCCGCGGCCCCGCGCCGCGAGGAGUCAUUUGUCUGUAUUUCACAAAGGCUGCCUUGAUCCCCAGGGUACAGCAACUGGGGGAAAGGGAAGAAAGAGGCGUGCAUCCGAGAUGCUCUGUGCUCAUGCUCUGCUGUCGCAUCCUCCCGUCUGCAGGCCGGGCUGGGACCGUGCACGCGUGGGCACGGGCCGCCGGCUCCUUUGUCUGCCUCAGCCGGAGGCAGCCCGCGGCCAUCUUGGAACCUGCCGCUGGGCUGCCUCCCCGGUGCAUUGUGGGAGCGGCGGGGCUCCCGAGGCGAGUUUCCCCACCGCCCUUGACCGAGGGCUUCGGGAAGGGAGAGGCCUUGUCGUGGGCGUCCGGGGCCGACGUCGUGACCCGGGGCCGGGACUCUAUCAGCGAAUAAAACCUUUCGUAUUUAUUCCCAUGUUCGCCUCCUGUCUCUCUGUCUCUGCCUCGCUCUCUCUGUCUCUCAUGGUAGAGGCGGUACUAUCUUAAUAAUAAUAAUAAUAAUAAUAAAAAAAGACUUACCUCGGAUGUUCUUUAUUAAAUUCACAGCGUGGUAUUGUAGCACUGGCAGAAUUUGUACAUUCUGCUAAUGAGUUGUUAAUUGCAAAGCGUUUGGGUAACCAACAGCAGGUACCCGUAUUUUUCGAACUGCAGCAAGGUUAUUUUCGUGCUACCAUACUAUGGGAUUUUCCAAGUGAAGAUACUUUUUUGAUUAGUGUUUGCUUCAGAUUGGGCUGGUACACUUAUUUACCUCUACACCUUCUUUACUGGGGCACGCAUAUCUCCUCAUUCAGUAAGUGUUUACUUCAUGCCUACUGUGUGCCAGAAGCACCAAGCCCUGUGCUUUAUAUAAACCUGGGUGGUAAAUGAAAUUUGAAAAUAGAAAAUGUGGCAUGGUAUGCUACCCCCUGCCCCGGGCUCUAGAAGCUUAUUUUCAGUAGACUUAAGUAAAGCAUAACUUAGUUUAGCUUUUGUCAUAAACAGAAGUUGAGAGUGUGGCUGCUGCCAGGUGCUUCCUAGCGUUGAUUGGAGACUUGGCUCGAUUUCAUUGGCAGGUCUGUUUUCCGGAACUUUUGUGGGCUUCGGGGGACACUGAUUACUUGGGUGACUUGCAUAUAGCAUUCUGAUUGUUCCUAUUUAAAAGGCUGCAGUCAUUUUUAGUGGCCUCCGCCUUUUCUGAUUCUAGGCUGAGAACUAAGAGUAUUUCUUCUCCCUGCCUGUUUGGUUUGCUUUAGAAGCAGUAACCAGCUUUGAGAGAUCUGGUAGACCUACAACCAGUGGGAUUUAAUUGCUGCAGAAGGAGGUGGAAUUUAACUUGCUCUUUUUCACUGCUUGUCCUUUUAAAAGAACUAAAAGUCAUUUACAUAAGGUGUUACCUCUUUUAUUUGCUUUCUGGUGCACUGCCUCUGGAGCUGCCCAGACCCAGUGCUCUCUAUAUCCUACUUGUCUCCUCUGGUCACAUCAGGAGGCAGUCAGCAGCAGAAUAAUAAUGCCAUUUCCCCUCCCUGUCUCCCAAAGUGCCCGGCAAGAAUUAUGGUCAUUGUUAGUGUUUAGCUUUGAGUAAGUGCCCACAUGACCUGCAGGAUUAAACGCAACAGAGGCACCUGCCAGCCCUCCCAGGAACGGCACCUACCACGUUUCUAGCCAGUUAUGCUGGACCUGUGUGCCCCAAGCCUGCCAGUCUCGUCUGCAUUUUAUUGAGUGCCUACUGUGUGCUAGGGACCCCUCUGGGCUCUUCAUUUAUAUGACUCCCUUAGAUCUCAUGGCAGCUCUUUGACUGUCAGUACAUUGACCUCUUGCUUGCUCAGAGUCAUGAGCCAGUAAGCCAUGGAGCCUGGACGUGAAUGUCAUUCCUUUGCCUCCUUGCCCAGAACACUUUCUUCCAUGUGUCUGGAAGCCUGCCUGCUCCACAGUCCACGCUUGGUUGUGGUAGAGGCUGUGGAUUUGGAAGUCUGCACCUCCCCAAGGAGAUAACGUACGGGAGAGAGGUGAACAAUGCUGUUAGAUUUAGCUGCGUCUGAUUUAUCCUCAGAGAAGCUACUGGCAUCUGUUCAGAAAUCAGGCAGCUUGUCGAGAGAGUCAAGAAUGGUUUGCUUUUGGGUUGGAGUCAAAGUCACUUCAGGGAGGCCCUCCCUAACUCUGUUAGCCCAGAGUUCAAAGCCAACUUGAGAAGAUCAGGGGUCAGAGAUAACUUGAGUUCUUGAUCUGAGGAAAGGGUCAGGUAAGGUCAGGGCUCCUAUAGCUGGUUCAGGUAGACAGAACUUCGCUCCGGAUAAUUUGCCCCAAGGUUCUGGUUCUAAGUGUUUGAGACUUUGUAUCAUUCACUUUAAAUGGUCAGUUUGAAUUCUGUGCUUUCUUUUUCCUUCUUGGAACCAGGACCAAUCCACCAUGCCUGAAGUCAAAGACCUUUCGGAAGCUUUGCCAGAGACGUCGAUGGAUCCCAUCACGGGAGUGGGAGUGGUGGCUUCUCGGAACCGAGCCCCAACAGGCUAUGAUGUAGUUGCACAGACAGCAGAUGGUGUGGAUGCUGACCUCUGGAAAGAUGGCUUAUUUAAAUCCAAGGUUACCAGAUACCUGUGUUUCACGAGAUCAUUUUCCAAAGAAAAUAGUCAUUUAGGGAACGUGUUAGUGGAUAUGAAGCUCAUUGACAUCAAGGACACUCUGCCUGUGGGCUUCAUCCCGAUUCAGGAGACAGUGGACACACAGGAAGUGGCUUUUAGAAAAAAGAGGCUGUGCAUUAAAUUUAUCCCACGGGAUUCAACUGAAGCUGCGAUUUGUGACAUUCGGAUCAUGGGCCGGACGAAGCAGGCCCCCCCUCAGUACACGUUUAUUGGGGAACUGAACAGCAUGGGGAUCUGGUAUCGAAUGGGCAAAGUCCCCAGGAAUCAUGACUCAUCUCAACCCACAACGCCUUCCCAGUCAUCCGCUGCUUCCACCCCGGCCCCCAACCUUCCCAGGCACAUCUCUCUAACGCUCCCUGCUACCUUCCGAGGCAGGAACAGCACUCGGGCUGACUAUGAGUACCAGCACUCCAAUCUGUAUGCCAUAUCAGCAAUGGAUGGUGUGCCUUUUAUGAUCUCAGAGAAGUUUUCUUGUGUUCCAGAAAGUAUGCAGCCCUUUGAUCUCUUGGGAAUCACCAUCAAAUCGCUGGCAGAAAUUGAAAAAGAGUAUGAGUACAGCUUCCGCACGGAGCAGAGCGCCGCGGCCCGGCUCCCGCCCAGCCCCACGCGAUGUCAGCAGAUCCCCCAGUCCUGAGGCCCGGCCGCCACCCCGCCCCCUCGGGGAGAAGACGCAGCCGCCCGACUACUGAGCGCCCCUCCCUCGCCCAGUCCAGUCCCUCCUGCCCGCCCUCACCGCCCCCCACCCCCACCCCGGGGGCUCGCCUGGGAGAUUCCGGGCGGCUGAGCGGUUACCUCCUCGGCCAUCGGCUUGCCUGAUGGGACACCCCCGCCUCCCCGGGGACACUGUUCAUAAUCUCGACUAAUCUGUGUUUGCUGUAGUGACCAGCAGCUCCUGGCGUGCCUGUGUGACGACCAGCCUCCUACACGCGACCCCACCCACCGCGGGAGCCACCCGAGGGCCCCGCGCAAUUGCGGAGCUUCCCGGUGACCCGCUGGCUCCCUGUCCUCCUGACUGUUGCCUGCCGCUAAGCUCGCACGUUCCUCCUGGAAGCCUGAGGCGGGUGGCAGCGGGGCACAGCCCCCGCCGGGGCUCCCCCCCGCGCCCCAGACCUGACAGCGACAAGCGCCCUGAGCGUUUCAUGGCAACCCUGAGGACACGAGGGAGGAAGCGGCCCCAGGCCCCACCGGUGGCCACCCCUUCACACUCGGCCCCCAACCGACACACUGGACACGCAGAGGUCGGGGCGCAGCCGCCCGGCUGCCCCCACAGCGGACGUCCCCGCUGGGCGAGAAGGCCGAGGGACCUGGUGCUUGCUUGGAGGGGAGUUUUGCUGCCCGGGACACUGUGCUCACCCACCACCCGCCCUGUUCCUCCCAAAGGGCUCAUCUCUGCAACGCCCACGUGCCCUGACCCAGAGACGGCCCUCCCUGGGCUGCGGGAAAAAGACCCCGUGGGCUGGUGUCCAGCCGCAGAGGGACGCGGGCACGUGGUCACCCAGCUUCGCAGAGCCAGGCUGCAUCUCGAUGGGGUCUGCCCACAGCAGGAGUCGUUUGUAAAAAGUCCGUCUGAGCCAGGUCACCGAACUGGGGCCAUGACUGGCCAGUGGCCACACUGGCAUCUCCCACAAUGCCGGCUGCCAAGUUCAGCCCCACACGGGUUCGCCAUGAGAACAGGGCUGCAGCCACCCCUGGGGGGCUCAGGCCCCCACCUCGACGGCCUGCCUGGUCUAGUUACCAGGGUCUGUCUCGAUUCCACAGAAUGUUGGGAUCUCCCACCUCGGAGGUCACUAGAGGGCAGGAGCUUUGGAUGGGAGGCUUGACGUGCAUGGGGCGGCGGGGGGGAGCGGGUUGAGGCCAGGAGAGCAGGGAGGUGCCCCCCCACAUGAAGGUAGCACAGGAGAGCCACAGCCAAGGACGCUCCCCGCCUACCCGUGGCUCCUGGGAUGGCACAUGGUGGCUGGGGCAGAACUGGCCAACAGUGUGGAGGGUGGCCGCCGGCUCAGAGGUGGGGGUGGGGCAAAAAUACCUCCUGUACCUGCCGUCAGCAACGCCAACUCCAGAACCUCUACCCUCACCGCUGUCGCCCCGGAUCUUCAAGGCGAUACCUCCUGAUUUCUGUGCAUUAGAGAAGUGGGCACCUCUCCCUCCCUCCGCCCAGACCCGGGACGUCCUUGGUGGAGCUGGCCUUCCUGUGCCUCCCACACAGCAAAGCGGCAGGAAAAUGCAAGCAGUGCGUGGAACCCCCGGGGUCCAGGAAGCCAAGGGCUAUGGUGCUCACCCAGGAAGGAGAGAGCUUCGAACUGGUCUCAGAUGUACACGCCGAGAUAAGCUAGUUGCGUUUCUGGGGAAACUGGAGGAGUCCCGUGGGGCCCAGAGAACCUGUGUCUCCUGCUGCCUUUUGGACGGGUGGCCGGCCCAAAACCAAGUGACCUACGUGACCCCAAGCCCAACACAGAGGGGCGACCACUUCCUUCUGUACCGUUCACUUGGUGCGUGCACUUUGUUCACGGCCUGACUGGAACAUUACCAUCUGACGGGCAGCGCCCAGCAGCCCUUCUCCCUUGACCGACAGCCAGGGGUUUUAGCGGCUCUCAGGGCCGAAGACGACCACGUGGGAGCCCAGGAGUGGGUGCAAGAAGGCGGAGCUGGGCAGGGAGGGUGGCUGUUCCCCCCCCCCCCCAACUCCGGGGCCAUCCUGCAGUUACAGGAUGGGGCUGCGGGGCCACCAGGAAGAGGCCAGACCGGUGUGGAUGCAGGCGGCCUGGGGUGACGACCUCCACUGCAUGGUAGACAUAAGCUACGUGUAACGGUGACUGAACGUCACCCUAAACCAUUAGGACAAUUAGUGACCGUGUUAGGGAAAGGUUGGCGUCUGUGGUAGAUUUUAGGCUGCUCCCAGCCCUCUUUGCCUCUUGGGGGGGGGGGGGGGGGGGCACGUGCAGACAGCAGGACAGCCCGGACCCCUGGCACACCACUGGAACAGAGCGACCUUUUCUUUCUGGGAGGGCGCAUUGCCUCGCAAACCCUGUGACCACACAGGCAGGGAAGGACAAGGGUUCUCACAAGUGUGAAGGGCAGGGGCCGGGCCCUCCGUCCCCCAGCGCUCCCCGCCGCUCCCCCAGAGACCAACGAGAGCACAGGCCUCCCUGCUGCCUUCUCUCUUCCAUCCGAAAAUCCAUUCUCUCUCCAAAACCCUCGGAAACGGCAUAGUGGUAAUAAGGGGUAAGCAGGUUGCAACGUGUUCAUUUGCAAAUUUUUAUCAAGGCUUUUCCUGCCCCGAGUCCCGGAACCAAUAUGGGCCACACGCCCCUGCCACCUGGAGAGCUGGGACCAGGUCAGGACCCCCGCCCGCCCCGGCUUCCUUGCUGGCAGUUCUGACCUCCGCACAGUUGGCCACCAGGAGCCCCUGACGUUUGCUUCCCCACCCCCCACCCCCCGUGCUGUUCAGAAAGGCAGCGCGGCGGGCGACAAGGACUAACACAUACUAAGCACCUGCUCCGUGCCCGGCAGUGGCACAUUUCUCCUCUUUAAGCACAGUUUGUCCCGUUUUUCUCCCUUGAAAAACACCCAGAAGUGGAUGUUCGUUGCUCCCGGUUAGAGAUGAAGAAGCGGAGACCAGUCCGCGGCACAAAGCUGGCAAGUGGCAGAGACCGGAUUCGGGCCCGAGGCUCGUCGGAGCCCAGAGCCACUGUGCCGGCUGGUCCAGCAUAAGCACACGCCUCACAGCCCCUUUUGGUUCCGGUCCCGUAACGGACCUCCCAGCGCCGCCAGCCACGCUGGUUCCGGCGCGAUAGCGUCGCCGCUGCGCCAUGGUGCUCGGCAGGGGGCGAGAGCCCAGCUGCCCCCCCGCUCCACCCCGACGAGGGCUCCCCGGAGAUCCAGGGAGCCCGAGAGCAAAGCAGGGCCUCGACCCGGCAGCCGCGUGCCCACGGGGGUGCGGGAGCCGAGCUCCGACUCCGCUCGCUGCCCGCCCUGCCGCCGGGGCCCGGAGGCGGCGGCCCCUCCUUCUUCGCCCGUCCGGAUGCCGCCCCACAGCGGCCGUCACCGCCGGGAGACGGGGCUUCUGUUCUCCCCGCGACGGGCGUGUGGGCUGCCAUGGGACGCUGGGGCCACGGCCGGCCGGGCCGCUGUGCCCUCGCCAUGGGAACGACGUCCUUACCGUAUUUAUUUGAGGUGACUCUGUACUUGGCGAAGGGAAGUUUCACUGUGUGAUUGUCUGUCUUAAUAUAAUUUGUUAAAUAAACGUUUUAACCUUU